AUCAGCUGUGUCCAAUCACAGCUGAUCACAUGGGACAUAUACACAGAUCAUCAGAGCACUGAUGAUCAGUGUGCCCUGUGUAGCCCCAGCAGCGCCACCUGUCAGUGUCCAUCAGUGCUCAUCCAUGCCACCUGCCAGUGCCCAUCAGUGCCACAUCAAUGCUACAUAUCAGUGCCCAUCUGAGCUGCCUUUCGGUGUCACCUAUCAGUGCCAGUCAGUGCCACCUAUCAAUGCCAGUCAGUGCCACCUAUCAGUGCUGCUGAUCAGUGCCACCUAUCAGUGCCAGUCAGUGCCGCCUAUCAGUGUGCAUUAGUGCCGCCUAA